AUGAAUUUCAACCACCAAGACGGCAUCCAGUGGCCUGCGCCCCCGGGCUUCAUGUUCAAUUCUGCCACUGCCGGCCCCGACGCCUACCACGCACCAAAUGCCUUCUCUGCACUCCCAAGCGACCACUACCACUACAACCUGGCCUACACCGCGCCCUACCCCACCUCAAACUGCCCGCGCUCCUACAAUGCUCUUGAUUUGACCGGACUGCCCAACGACCUGGCCAUGGCCGACUCGUUCCCGCCCAACGCCUACCACAUUGAGCCGCCCAAGCACCACGAUGCCAUGGACCUGUCGGACCACGAAACCAAAACCCAGCUGAUGCAGCUCAGCAACGACUAUGAGCACACGCCAUACGGCUGUUCUCUCAAGAUCGAAGACCACAAUGGCUACCACAGUCCCUACUCUGACCCCACCCACGUCUCUACACCUCAUGACGAUGCCUCUAGAAGUACCCUCGAUCUGGACACUGGGGAGGGCGGCAUGUUUGACAAGGAGCAGCCGUACGCCCAGUUGAUCUACCAAGCUCUUCUGAACGCCCCGGGGCACACCAUGAUACUCCGCGACAUCUACGAUUGGUUCAAGAACAACACGGACAAGGCCAGCGCCUCGGAAACCAAGGGAUGGCAGAACAGCAUCAGGCAUAAUCUGUCCAUGAAUGGCGCAUUCGAGAAAGUCGACCAGCCAGGCGACGAGGCUCGCAAGGGUUUCAUGUGGCGCCUCACUGAACAAGCGAUCCGCGAGGGCGUCAAAUCAACAACUCGCUACCGCAGCAAGCAGCCCAACAAGCGCGGACAUCGCAGCCAACAACCUCAGCCCCAGCGUCAGGCAUCAGGCGCAAAAGGCGGCCAGGCAGCCCGUCGCGCCGCCAGACUGAAGCGGUCUGCUCGCUUGCACGAAGCCUACCGCAGCGCCCAGCACAUGUCGCGAUCUGUCCCCGCCUCGUUCGACCCGUCAUAUUACCGUUCCGGCUUCUCCAGCUCGCAUCCAUCAUCUCCAUUCCACGGAAGCGACGCAGACUUUGGCUACGGCUCCCAACACGGCGACUACCCAGCGAGUCCGCUCCCAGAUAGUUGUCCUGUCGACUUUCUCUCGUCGGCCGCAUCCUACGUCGGCAGUCCCAUGUCGCAAGGCAUGCCCAUCACAGACACGGCGUGCCUGCUCGACCAGAGCCCGUCCGACAGCCUUUUCACAAACAGCCCUAGUCCAAGUGCAGACGAGCCGCGGACGCCCAUGGACCAGGACCUCUGGCACGACGACGUGGCAAUGGGGCCCUCCUGCAUGUUUGAAGACCAGCUUGUAUAUCGCGAGAACGCAAGCUAA